UGCGGAGUCUCUGAAGUCUCCCCUGAGAAACGACUGCUACCCACCAACCGGGGCACGUUACUGCUCCAGACCAGCCUUGCUCAGACUCAUCUGGCCUAGGCUCCUAUCCUCUAUCACUCAGGCACUCGCCACCAUGACCAUAUCCAGAUAUCUAGAAUCGGAUGGGUCACGAUCACCCGUAGCGUCAUUCCCGUUCAACAAAUUCCCUGCAGAGAUACGAUUUCUCAUCUGGGAAGAGGCCUUACGAGAGGAAUCAUCUGAACGUCUAGUGAUAAUUGAUCAUUCAACCCAGAAAGUUAUUCCCUUCAAGUCCCUCGUAUCACCAAUGUUGACUGUGAAUAAGGAGAGCCGAUACUUUGCCGUACGGUUCUUCGACAUGAAACUAGUUGUGUGCGACUUGCCAAGCAUCCGUCACCCAAUUUUAAGCAGCUUCAUUGGCUUCUUUGACUAUAACGAGAUCAACGAGUCUCCCAAAAGCAAGAAGCGUUUGUACCUUAGUUCUCAGCACGAUAUCUUCAUUGCAGGCCUCGAUCUUCAACCAAGGGCGUUCGAAUGGUGCUUGGUGCCGGCAAUGUGUAAUGGUUGCCAAGACGAUAUUCAGCACACGUUCUAUUGUAGUGGGUUCGAACAUAACUUCGGGAACUUUCCCAGCACAGGGAGACACUACGCAUCAGAAGUACUAAAGUUUCGUUCUCGUAUAGAAAGGGUUAUUCCGGUGUGUAUUGACGGCUUCUGCCCCCCUUAUAACUCUGUUGAUUACUGUACCUGCCAACCAAGGCACUACUCGAAGGACUGUGCAAGUUCCUUCUGGUCUAAGACUCUGUUCCCAAGUGUCAAACAGUACUUCUACUAUCCAUGGGGACACAAGACAAAGUCACGAGUGGGCGACUUGCUACAGCACCUCUUUCAACGACGGCCUGGGCAUCCAUUGCCCAUUAAGUACCGAAUGAAAGAGCUGGUAUGGAGUGAGAACGUUGAGGAUGUUUCUAGCGAGGAGGAUAAGGAGGAAAUUAUGAGGAAGAAUAUCUUGGUUGAUCCUUCCCUUGAGCAUCGUCGGCCCUGUCGGUGCACGUACAAAAAUGUAGGCGACGAUCAGUUCUGCGAGAGAGCAGGUUCGAGGAUCCAUGAGAUGGUGGAGAGAAUGCAUCGAGUAGCUCUCAGGUCACCAUGAUUGUAUGAGGUAUUCUCCCAUAUAUCGGGUUAACUUUUACGAAUAGGCAAGGGCUGCAGCAGGAAUCAUUGCAUACCGAAAGGACAUGCUAUUAUUUCUUCUAUCCUUCCUCGCGGAGGAAAAACUAAUAAAUUUUUUUUCCUGG